UUUGAUGGCGAGCUUCCAGUUGGCCCGUGUCAAGUUGAACUGGACCGUACUGUUGUCUGUGGCUUACUUCGCGUACUUGCUGGUCGGGGCCAUCGUCUUCCAGAUCCUGGAGCGAGAGGCUGAGAUCAACAACCGCGACCACUUCCAGCUGGAGAAGCUGCAUUUCUUGACCAACUACACCUGCCUGGACGGAGCAGCCCUGGAGAAAUUUGUUCAGGUUAUUCUGGACGCCUGGGAAAAUGGAGUUAAUCCCUCGGGAAACUCUACAAACCCCAGUAACUGGGAUUUCAGCAGCUCCUUCUUUUUUGCAGGCACAGUGGUCACAACUAUAGGUUACGGUAACCUCUCCCCCAGCACCGUGGCUGGUCAGGUGUUCUGCGUGUUCUAUGCCCUCUUUGGCAUCCCGCUCAAUCUGGCUUUCCUCAAACAGCUGGGGAAGUUUGUCACCGUCCACCUGGGUCGACUCAAGAGAGGGAUGGUCUCAGUCGGUCCUCACAAGCAAACCGUGGAGGCUCUGGCCAUGAGCUUAUACUUGGUCAGUGGCAGCCUGCUGUUCCUGGUCAUCCCCCCUCUGCUGUUCAGUUACGUGGAAGGCUGGUCGUUUGGUGAGGGCUUCUAUUUCGCCUUCAUUACACUCAGCACUAUUGGUUUUGGAGAUUACGUGGUGGGGGCCGACCCGGGUAAAGAGUACAUCUCAGUGUACCGCAGCCUCGCGGGCUUAUGGAUCAUCUUUGCCCUGGCGUGGCUCGCGCUCAUCCUCAACAUGGGAGCCAGGAUGAUGGAGCAUGUAGUCGUCCUGACUCACCCGGGCUUUAAGAAACAAGAGGAGGAAGAGGACACGUCCUCCUGUAAACUAGAGGACACGUCAAAGAUCUGACAG